UGUGAGUGCUUCUAUUUCUUAUCCCUGGUCCCUUCACAAACUGGGCUCGUGUCUCCCUCACUCUCCCUUUCUCUCUUGCUUGCUUGUUGAGAAAGAGACUGAGAGAGUUGAGCCAUGGCCGCCGUGAUCUCCACCGCGUUGCCUCACCUCGUCCUCCACCCCAACCAGCGCUUUUCACUGCUCUAUCCUUUCAGGAAGCGAGUUCCGACGAGAGUUACUGGGCGGAGCUGGUUGAGGAAAUGUCGUACUGGUGAUUUGCACAAUUUGGAAUUGUUUGUGGCUCGCAGAGGAGUUGGCAUUAAGGCUUGCGUUGCGAAUGGAGCGGAGGCUGGCACUCUGUCGAAGACAUUGAGAGACGCUGGAGUUGGGCUACUAGCAUCAUUGAUUACCCUUGCUUCGAGUGCUUGUUACAUUUGCCCUGCAUUAGGCUUUGAAGCUGGUCGUACAGCUGAGAAUUCAGCUGAUUAUAUUUGGGAAGCUCCGUCCACGUAUCUCAUCCGUGAUGAACAGGAUUCUGUCUCUGUAGCAACCAGCCACAAUGAGAUUGCGGUUCUGGAGGCAGUCGCUGAGAAUGUCACCUUGCCAAACCAAUGUACUGAAGAAGAAGCGACAAGCCUGGUACCCAAGGAGGAACCAGUUCAGGAAGUCACCAAUGAAUCUAUUGUAGAGGAAGUAUGGCAGGUUGUGAAUGAAAACUUCCUAGACGCUCGGCACAAUGCUUGGACUGCAGAUGAUUGGCAGAAAAAGAAGCAGAGUGCGCUCAAGAAUCCAAUCCAAAGCAGGAUGGCAGCUUAUCGAGCCAUCCGCACCAUGCUGUCUAGUUUGGACGAUCGCUACACUCGCUUCCUCACACUUGACCAGUUUUCCCAGCUCUCGAAGUAUGACGUGACUGGGAUUGGUCUCAACAUUGGGGAAUCCACAACUACAACUGGCGAGCCAAAUCUCAAAGUUUUGGGUAUUGUUCUAGGGAGCCCAGCUCAACUUGUUGGAAUCAGACAGGGCGAUGAAAUACUGGAAGUUGCCGGAAAUAGCGUCAUUGGUAAGACGGCCUUUGAGGCUGCAUCACUUAUUCAAGGUCCAAAGGGUACCAAGGUUUCUAUCAAGAUUCGACACGGUCAGUGUGGCACUCCAGAAGUUUUCGAAGUGGAGCGUCAGCAAGAUGUACGAUCACCAGUAUAUUAUCGCUUGGAACGUAUUCAGGAUUCGAAUGAAUUGUCAGGAUACAUUCAUUUAAAAGAAUUUAAUGCCCGUGCCAAGCGUGACAUCGUGACGGCGAUAAAGAGAAUGCAAGAUGCCGGUGCUUCAUCUUUUGUGCUGGACUUGAGGGACAACCCAGGGGGUCUUGUGCAGGCUGGCAUUGAGAUUGCAAAACUUUUCCUAAAUGAGGGAGAAACUGUUAUUGAAACAGUAGGGCGGGAUGCGAAUAAUACAAAAAGAGUCAUUGCUUCACAUUCGCCAGUAAUAGAUUCUCCUCUUACGAUUUUGGUCAAUGAUCAUACAGCAAGUGCAAGUGAAAUCGUUGCAGCAGCUUUGCACGAUAAUUGCAGAGCAGUGCUAGUUGGUCAAAGGACGUUUGGCAAGGGUCUGAUUCAGGCUGUGUACGAAUUGAGUGAUGGAUCUGGAGUCGUGUUGACAGUAGGAAAAUAUGUCACACCCAAGCACCUGGACAUCGAUGGAGCUGGCAUUGAACCUGAUUACAAGCAACCUCCUGGGCUCAAUGAAGGUCUGAAAAAACUAGGCCAAUGUAAAUUGUUGAAGACCUGAAAUGAUUUUUCUACAACUCCAAUUCAUUCUUAGUCAUUGUUAAGCCCUUGAAGAAAA